CGCAUAACUUACAGUUAUCUCUCGGAUUUGUCAGCACUGUAUCUUGGAACAGCUCUGAUAUCUACAAAAUGGCUUUCAUUUCCAUGAUAUUUUUAUUUGUAGAUUGUAGUUGUGAUUUACUUGUAGGGUAGAAUUCUGCACAAUUGUCCCAUUGGUGGUUUUAAUAUCCAAAAAGAAAAUAAUUGGCUCUAGCAAUGCUGUCUUUAAUAUCAACUAAUCUAUUCAAACCAGUUGCAAUUUCUGAAAAUAUUGAAUUAUCUCACCGUUUAGUUCACGCUCCAUUAACAAGGUAUAGAGCUUCAAAAAAGCAUGUCCCAACAGAUUUAAUGCUUCAGUACUAUGACGAUAGAUCAAAGACCCCAGGUUCUUUGGUUAUCAUGGAAGCGACCUUUAUCUCUCCAAAGGCUGGAGGCUACGAUAACGUUCCAGGCAUUUGGUCUAAAAAUCAAAUUGACGCUUGGAAAUUGAUCACUAACAAAGUUCACCAAAACGGUUCGUUUGCUUCUCUACAAUUAUGGGCACUUGGUAGACAAGCAAAACCCGAUGUUUUAGCAAAUGAAAACCAAAAGUUUGUUUCUUCAUCAAGUGAUAUCUAUAUCAAUGACCUCGAUAGAGAAUUAGCUGAAAAGCUCGACAAUCCGUUAACAGGUUUAACUCUUUCAGAAAUUGAUCAAUGGAUACAAGACUAUGCUCAAGCCGCUCAAAAUGCUAUCGAUGCUGGUUUCGAUGUCGUUGAAAUCCAUGCUGCUCAUGGUUACUUAAUUGAUCAAUUUGUUCAAAAGACUGCAAACCAAAGAACCGAUGAAUAUGGCGGUUCAAUUGAAAAUAGAUCAAAGUUUUUAUUGAAUAUAGUCGAUGCUAUCAUUGAUAAAAUUAGCGAUGCAAAAAAAGUUGCAAUUAGAUUAUCUCCAUGGGCUCAACAUGGUGGUAUGAAAGGAACAUUUUCAGACCUUCAUCCAAUUGCAACUUUCGGCUAUGUUAUUUCAGAAUUACAAAAGAGAGCUGAUAAUGGUAACCAACUCGCUUAUAUCUCAAUUGUCGAACCAAGAGCCAGUGGUAAUCAAACUGUUUCAGAUGAAAUCGCCUCUUUGGGCGAUAACCAAUGGAUUUAUCAUAUUUGGAAAGGAAUUAUCAUUAGAGCUGGAACUUAUACCAGUGACUCCCCAAAAUAUUCAAACAUUAUAAAAGAUGUUCAAAACAAUAAUAGAACCUUAAUUGCUAUUGGGAGACAUUUUGUUUCAAAUCCAGAUUUAGUUCAAAGAUUAAAAAAUGGUUGGCCUUUAACUGAUUAUGAUAGAUCCACUUUUUACAUUAUUGAAUCGAAUUUUGGAUAUAACGAUUGGCCAAUAUAUGGUGAUACCCCCACGCAUAGAGAUAAUCAGUUCUCCAAUAAAACAGCUGUUCCUUUAGCAUAGAUUUUGGAUUUUAUAGAUAUUUAAAUAAAUUUGUGUUUUCAUGUUUUUACACCAUUUCUACUUUC